AUAGUUCUUUUUUUCGCAUCAAAUUUACAAUUUGCAACGCCACGCAAUGUCUGGUCUUAAUUUGGUGGUAAAAGUGCAUCCUGUAGUGCUGUUCCAGGUGGUAGAUGCCUAUGAAAGGCGUAAUGCUGACUCCCAUCGUGUUAUUGGCACCUUAUUGGGCUCUGUCGAUAAAGGUGUUGUUGAGGUGACCAAUUGCUUUUGUGUACCUCACAAGGAACAUGAUGAUCAAGUGGAAGCCGAAUUAAGUUAUGCCUUGGAUUUGUAUGACUUAAAUCGCAAAGUAAAUCCCAAUGAAAAUGUUGUGGGUUGGUGGGCCACUGGCAACGAAGUGACCAAUCACAGCUCUGUCAUUCACGAAUACUAUGCCCGUGAAUGCAACAAUCCUGUCCAUUUGACUGUGGAUACUUCACUGCAGGGUGGUCGUAUGGGUUUGUGUGCCUACGUUUGUAUACCAUUGGGAGUACCCGGUGGCAAAACUGGUUGUAUGUUCACUCCCAUUCCUGUGGAGAUGACAUGCUACGAACCUGAAACUGUCGGCUUGAAAUUGCUGCAAAAGACCGUCGGUCAUUCGGCUCUACACCGCACAAAAACAGUAUCGCCUAUGUUGGAUUUGGCACAAAUUGCCGAGGCUUCAACAAAACUACAAAGUCUUUUGGAGCUUAUUCUUAAGUACGUGGAAGAUGUUAUUGCUCACAAACAACCACCAGAUAAUGCUGUAGGUCGUCAACUCUUGGACCUCAUCCACUCGGUGCCACACAUGACCCAUGAACAAUUCACACAAAUGUUUAAUGCCAAUGUACGCGAUUUGUUAAUGGUCAUCACUUUGUCCAACCUCAUUAAGACACAACUUCAAUUGAACGAGAAAUUAACUUAUUUGCCAACAAAUUGAGUUUAUUAAGCUAUACGUACAUACUUAUUUGAGAUAGUUUUAUUAUUUGAAGAUAAAGCGUAAGGUCGUUGCGGCGAAAGUAAUAGUUACCGAAGAGGACAUUAGUGUGGCAUUUGUUUUUGUAAAGAAGAAAGAAAUCACCUGUAUUAAUGGAAAAUAAAAUUUUUAUGCGCUUUUGUCUACUUCACAAA